AGAAAGCUAAGAAGCUACCUGUGCUUAGCAGUAUGUCUUUUAAAGGCUUGAUUUGAACUAGCAGUGUAUUUAUAUAUAUAUACAUAUAUAUAUAUAUAUAUAAGAGCUAGAGAUAGAGAGAAGCAGUGAUAUUUAUCUGUGUUUUUCUGUUUGUUUCCCACGAAAAGAGAAGUGAAGUGGGGGGAGAAUUCUCUCUCUUUUUUUGUUUAUACAUAGAAAAAUGAGAUACGAAGAGGAGAUUUUGAUAAUAAGAAGCUAUGAUGGGCAAUCUGCAGAUAGAGCUAGAGUGGAAGAUCUAGAGAGAAGAUGCGAGGUAGGGCCAUCUGAACGAGUUUUUCUCUUCACAGACACAAUGGGUGACCCCAUUUGUAGGAUCAGAAACAGUCCCUUGUACAAGAUGCUGGUUGCAGAAGUGGACAACCAGUUGGUUGGUGUGAUUCAAGGCUCGAUAAAGGUGGUUACGGUUCACCAAGCACCGAAAGAUCGAGCUAAGGUUGGCUAUGUUUUAGGCCUUCGAGUUGCGCAGUCGUUUCGACGCCGAGGGAUUGGCUACAACCUUGUUCGACGGCUUGAGGAGUGGUUUGUCGCCAAUGAUGUGGACUAUGCUUACAUGGCGACGGAGAAAGACAAUGAAGCCUCUGUGAAGCUAUUCAUCAAUAAGCUUGGAUAUACCAACUUUAGAGUUCCAGCUAUUUUGGUGAACCCGGUAAAACAUUACCGACCAUAUCACCUCCCUUCUAACAUACAAAUUUCUAGCCUAAAAGUCGAUGUUGCUGAGUUUCUCUAUCGGAAAUUCAUGGCGUCUACUGAGUUCUUCCCCCACGACAUCGAUCAUGUGCUUAAACACAAGCUUAGUCUUGGCUCGUGGGUUGCUUACUAUAAAGAUGACGACGCCACCACUCCCAAAUUCGAAACUAAUGGUGGCAAAUCGGAAAUGGUAAUACCAAAAUGUUGGGCAAUGCUAAGUGUAUGGAAUAGUGGAGAGGUAUUCAAGCUCCGGCUUGGAAAGGCACCAUUGUCAUGCUUGAUAUACACGGAGAGCUCGAAGGUGAUAGACAAGAUCUUCCCAUGUCUAAAGCUACCAUCGAUUCCGGAUUUCUACGAGCCAUUUGGAUUCUACUUCAUGUACGGGGUUCAUCGGGAGGGGAAGGGGAUGGGGACGAGGAAGCUAGUGAAGGCACUAUGCCAGUACGUGCACAACAUGGCUGCAGCAGCUAGGGACUGUAAAGUGAUAGUAACAGAGAUUGGAGGAGAAGACUCGCUAAGAGAUGAGAUUCCACAUUGGAAGCUACUGUCAUGCCCGGAGGAUUUAUGGUGCAUCAAGGCAUUGAAGAAAGAAGCAAGAAAUAGCCUACAUGAAUUGACAAAAACCCCACCAACUACAAGACCAGCCCUUUUUGUAGACCCAAGAGAGGUAUGAAGAUCAAAGUCAUAUCAAUAUUAAUAAAUCCCAAACUUAAUAACUUAAUCACAAACUAAACACAAAAUCCAACAUAUAAGUUAUAAACUCUCACCUUUCAUGUACAUAUCACCAUGUAUACACUCCCAGUAAUAGUGGGUUGAUUUUUAUUUUUGUCCCUAAUAAAAACUAUUACUCACCUAUUUUUGUAUUCUUAAUAGUUUCAAAUCAUAAAAAUCCAUUUUGGUC